AUGAGUCUGAAGGAGCAGCUCAGACAGCGCUAUCAGAGUGUGGUGACGGGAUACUCAGUGAAAGACAUGUGGAUAUUUAUAUCUCUCAUUCCCCUGAUGAUACACACCAUUGAUUCUUCAAUUCUUCAGCCUCCAGGGCAUUCUGGACUGAGGGUCAAUCCACUCAUCAAACGAUAUGAGGGUUUAUUGUACAACAGGGACAUUGUGCGGCAUCAGCUUUAUCGUGUGAAGCGCUCUGACCAUGAGGAGGAACCAUUCAUUCAUCUGCAAUUCUCUGCUCACCAAAGGCAAUUUCGCCUUCGACUGAAAAGAGAUUCAAGCACGUUCACAGGAGAUUUCAGAAUUAAAACUGAACACGGCCUGGAAAAUGCUGACCUCUCUCACCUGUACUCUGGGCAUCUACAAGGGGACAGAGCUUCCUUUAGCCAUGGCUCAAUCAUUGACGGCCAGUUUGAAGGCUUUAUCCAAACGGAGAGAGGCAGGUACUACAUUGAACCCAUUGAGCGCCAUGUUCAAGGAGAAAACCCUUCUGUUCAUUCCCUCAUCUAUCACCAGGAUGACAUUGAUGUAUCUCACCUUAAAGGCCGAGGGACUUGGUGCCUUAGUCAGCCGGUAUUGGCUGCACUGCCUCACGAUCAGCACACAGGCCAAGAGACAGUGUCGCAGAGCAUCCAGCAGUUUGUGGAUAACUUUAACCAGCUCGGUAUUCUCAGACAGCCCCAGGAUAGCUGGUGCCUCGUCAGUUCUGAACUUUGA